GUUUUUUAAUUUUAUUGUAAGCUGAAAUUAGUAAUUACAAAAAUAACGAAAAGUUUACAUAUAUGGUAUAUAACAAAUUAAAAAAUAUGAAUCAACAGACAACAUUGAACAAGUAUUUCAAAAUAAAGACAAAUUCAUUUAAAGAAAUGGAUAUAAACCGUAAAAAGAAAUGUAAUUUAAGUAUAACCAAAACACCUAUAAAGUUGCCUAAGCUAACACUUGAAAACGAACAUGUGGUUGAUUUAAUUAGUGAUGACGAUGAUGAGGGGUCAAUAAGUUCUAAAACAUGUGAACUUAAUCAGAGUCAGACAAGCUCGUCUGAAUCAACAUUGAUCUACACGCCAGAAAUGCUGCAUAAAUCCCCUGUAAAUCAGUCGCCUUUUGAGGAAAUUUCAAAUAAAUCUUCAAUGUCCCCUAGCUCUGAUCACAAAUCUUUAAACAAAUCAUCACCUAGUUUCCGUAGUCCAUCAACAAGCCACAAAUAUUUUUCACCUACAAAAAAGAGAAGUAUUAAAGUCAGAACUCCUACCAAAGCUAAAAGAAAUCUUAGUGAUAUAAUAUCAAAAUGUGAUAAACAAAAUAUUUUUAAUAAUGAGGAAUUCCUUCAAGCUUCAAAGAAUCUGGAUGACUUGACAAUUUUUCUAUUAAAGAUAAUUUAUCAGUUUUUAUGUGACGAUAAUUUGAAACCACUCUUAGAAGAAAGUAGUUGCAGUCUCCUGUCAAGGGCAAUGAAAGUAAAAAAGCCUGGCAUGAGAUUAGUAUGCAGAUUGUAUUGGCAGCAGGAAGGCUGGCGUAGAUGGGAUAAGGUGAAGAAGAUUAUGAUUGGCAAAUUUAAAGUUGAUGAUCCAACUUUACACGAAGCAGUUAACUCGCUGAUAGAAAGUGGAUUUAUUACUGUGGCAAAUAGUAAUAAUGGUGAAGAAAUAUGUUUUGAUAAGUUGCUGAAAAUGCUUAAGCAGGAUGAAUUGAAGUUAAUAUGCAAGGAAUUUAAAAUUAAAACUACAAAAAAGGAUGAUGCUGUUCAGUCAUUGAAAAAUUUUUGUUAUCAGAAAACAAAUAUAACCAAUUACUUUGUCGGUAGUAAAAGCACAAAUGAAACUCGAGUUUUGAAUUUGCUGCGCUCCAAAGUUGGUCCAUGUUACAAGCUCUCAGAUGAGGCUCGGAACACACUUAAGGAGCUCUAUAUUCUCAUGUACCUGGGCAUGGAUUAUAGUAUAAUAAAAGAAAAGAGACUAGAAUUAAUGUUGCUCAAUGAUAAGACAAAAAGGGAAACUUUUCCCAUUGAUAAAGAUAUGGAGAUUGAUAAUGCAAGCUUGGUAUUCAAAAAUAGAGAACAAUUUUUAAGUUAUGUUAAUGCCGGUGUAUUAUAUGAAGACAUAGAGGAAGCUACUGAUCUGUCCGAGAAGUGUGAAAAGAUUAAGCGAGUAUAUGAUCUAUACAACGAAAUGGGUAAAGAAGAAUUGAUGAGUUACAUCAAGCUACCGGUGUGGCUCCGUCGCUACACACCGGCAUAUAUAUAUGUAAAAAUUUUGGAAGCUGGAAUUCAAGAAUUGAAAAAAUCAAAAGUGGAAAAGAAUAUACUUUUGGCUGUAGACAUUCUAUCGAAACUUUUAAAGCAAACCGCAUUCAGAGAACACAAGAGAGCGGAAUGGUAUUCGGAGAAGGCGCUCAUUCUCGAUAAAUUAUUGUUACUUCCCGAGAAGGCAGCUGAAGUACUAUUAGAAGGUUUCAAUUCGAACCUUCCAGAAAAAUAUCUAGAUUUCAUACGACCUCGAGCUAAGUUGUUGGCGAAACGACAGACAAAUCCCAUAAGCUCAGCUUUAAAGGUCCAGCUACUUUCACGAGCAGAUAAAUAUGACAUACUGGAGAAGAAUAUAAAAGCGGUGCACAUAUACAAACAGCCAAUGUAUAAUGGCGGCAGAGGCAAAAUUAAAUUCGAGACACGCACUGCCGAUGGCAUGCUAGUGCAAGAAGCCGAGGAGUAUUGUAAAUACCACUACAUCCAGGAGGGAAAAUACACACAUGGUGGUCACUGGGAGGGCAAGAUAGUGACUACAAUAUUCUUCCUAUUAUUCUGGGAUAUAAUAUACGCUCAAUUGGAAGGAAUUCGUGGGAUUUUUUUGUCCCACUACCAGACUUACCCUCUGGACAUGUUCUGCGAAGACUUCUACAACAACAGGAAGGCUUUGAUUGAGAAACGACUUAAAGAAAUAGAGGAAUCUACGACUGAAGAGAUUUUGACUAAAAUUGAAACUGCCUGGGAAAGUAGACCAGAAACGGAGCAGUCGGGCGUGCAGUCGGGCGCGGGCGGCGAGGCGGCGCGCGCGGCGUGCGCGCGGCUGGCGCCCGCCCGCGUGGCGCGCGUGUGCGCCCGCUUGGCCGCCGACUUCGCGCACGCGCACUCCGGCUUCCCCGACCUCACGCUGUGGAACGAGCGCACGGGCGAGAUUGCAUUCGUGGAAGUGAAAACUGACUCCGACAAGCCGUCCAUGAAGCAGAUACAAUGGAUGCACUACAUGCAGCAGCACGGCAUCGACACCGAGUUCUGCUACGUCGGCGUCCACACCGGCCGAGCCCGCUCCCGGAACACGCAGGAGCUGGAGGAACACUAGUUAAUGCACAAAAUUAUUCAAAACGGUUAUGUAUUAGAAAAAGAACCGCUAGUGUUAUUAUAUAUUUUAAUUUUAAAUUCGUAAGUGUUACCACUGCCUAUACACAUUGGCAGUAUAAAACUUGGAUCAUGGAAACUCAGAUGACCCUAUUGCCUGUACCUAAUAGAGCGUUUGACCAUUGU